AUGUCAUCUCCUUUCCCUGAGAAUCCCUUCUCUGAGCCCUCCGCAAUCUCCGAAGAACAGUUCACCACCGUGAAGAACUACUGUAGUCACCUGGCGAACAGCAUGUCGCUCACUCCGUCGCAACUCAACGAUCUUCUCAUCAAUGUCAAUAUCACUCGGCAGAUGGACCACCAGUUCUCGUCGGGCCCUAUGAUGUGGAAUGUUCUACAGACAUCCCUCUUGAUGCAGAUGCGCAACCAUCAGGUCAAGGAGGGUAUCGACAUCGUGGCGAUCAAUGAGUUGGCGAAGAACGCGAACAAGCUCGUGAAGGAGCACUUCACCCUUGACGCGAAACAGAAUAAAAUCCUCAUCAGUCGCGCUAAGGAGGUGUCCAUCCAGGCUGGGCGAACAGUAUACAUGACCACCCACAUCGAUCUCGAGAGGAAUGUCGAGACCCUGGACGCAUUCUCAGAGAUUGCCGGUGACGAGGUUGCUGAGGGUGUGUUGCGCUCGGCUUGCUCCGAGAAGGCCAAGAAUGCACGCGGCCAGCUUCGUAUCGACAUCUACAAGACCAUGGUGGGAGCUAGUCGUACGCAUCUUGCCAAGGCCACGGUUAUGGUCGUCAGCAAGUAUGGUGGACGCCUGAUCAAGGACUUGACCCAGAUUCCCUUGUCGUACCAAGUUCAGCUUGCUCUUUUGCGUCGCUUCACAUUUGAAGAACAGUGGGGCGACUGGGUCGAGAAGGUCAUUCAUGAGGAAACCGGCGAGGAGAUCACUCGUAAGCGCACAAGGGGCUCGGGCAAGACGAUCAAGGGCGAAGAUUACUGGUCGCUCUGUGACGCUUGGUUUGUGAAGCUCAUUGAGAAGUUUGGUGGCCGUGAUUUCAACAGCGAGCCCUGGCAAAAAUAUAUCAAGGAGACUAUCAUGCGCGACCUCGAGCUUUUUGGCAGCGGUACGGACCCCAGUGUUGAAGACUUGGGUGCCGAGUAUGCCCCAACUGAGGAGGAAGAGGCUCCCUCCCCCGCUCCCACUGCCAGCUCGUCCGGUUCUUCGUCUGCGUCGAGUUCUUCGUCUGGAGCCUCAUCAUCUGGCGCUUCGGGGAUGCUCGCAGGUUUCUCUUUCUCGAUCGCGCGACGCGCGUCGUUCGACUUCGAACUUGACCGCGACGAACGCCUGUGCAGUGGUGCAGACUGCAGCUUCUGCACUGAGGUUGUGGCAUUCCCAUCAAGCACCCCACCGUUCGGUGGUACAUUUCGAGGUGUUCGCAGCUAG